ACUGAAAAACACGCUGAGAAAACAGGAAGCUGAUGGGAAGAUAUCCUGAAGUAUAGCUGCUGUGUGUUUGCGUCUCUCUUUAUUCAGAGUAAAAUGGCAGAAGCCAGAAUUUCUCAGGAUGAGUUCAUCUGUCCUGUGUGUCUGGAUCUCCUGAAGGAUCCAGUGGCCGUUCCUUGUGGACACAGUUACUGUAAGAGCUGCAUUACGGACUGCUGGGAUCAGGAGGAGGAGAAGGGAGUCUACAGCUGCCCUCAGUGCAGACAGACCUUCAGCGCCAGACCUUCUUUAGCUAAAAACGCCAUCCUGGCUGAAGUGGUGGAGAAACUGAAGACUAAAUCCCCUGCUGACUGUUACGCUGGAUCUGGAGAUGUGCGGUGUGAGGUCUGCACUGGAGGAAAAUACGCAGCUGUGAAGUCCUGUCUGGUGUGUCUGAGCUCUUACUGCGAGUCUCAUCUCGAACAACACGAGGGUUUAUUUAAAGGAAAGAGACACCGUCUGACUGAAGCCACUGGGCGACUGCAGGAGAUGAUCUGCCAUGACCAUGACAAGCUCCUUGAGGUUUUCUGUCGCACUGAGGAGAAAUGUAUAUGUUUGCUGUGUGUGAUGGACGAGCACAAAAACCACGACACUGUAUCAGCUGCAGCACAGAGGACAGAGACGCAGAAGCAGAUGAAGGAGACACAGAGCAAGAUCCAAGAGAGAAUCCAGCAGGGAGAGAAAGAUCUUCAUCAGCUGAGAGAGGCUGUUGAGUCUCACAAGUGCUCAGCCCAGACAGCAGUCGAGGACACUGAGAGGAUCUUCACUGAGCUCAUCCGGUACGUUGAGAGAAGCCGAUCUGAGGUCACUCAGCAGAUCAGGGAUCAGGAGAAAUCUGCAGUGAGUCGAGCUGAAGAAGGACUGGAACGAAUGAAGCAGGAGAUCAAUGAUCUGAGGAGGACAGACAAAGAGAUGGAACAGCUUUCAGAAAUACAGGAUCCUGUUCAUUUUCUGCAGAACUUCCAGACUUUCUCUGCAUCUCCUAAAUCUACAAAUGUAGAUGACAACCCCUUAAGAUUUCUCAAGUCGUUUGAUGGCAUGAGAGAAUCUAUCCGACAGCUGGGACAGAAACUGCAGGAUUUCUGCAAAGAGGAGCUCAAAAAGAUCUCUGCUUCAGUCACCGACCCUAUUCCUAAGACAAGGACGGAUUUCUUACAAUAUUCCCAUCCGCUCACUCUGGAUCCAAAUACAGCGAAUAAACACCUUCAUCUUUCUAAUGGAAACAGAGCGGUUAAUGGUUCUCUCGAAGAGCGGACGUAUCCGGACCAUCCAGAGAGAUUUGAUGAGUUGCAGGUGUUGUGCAGAGAGAGUGUGUGUGGACGCGGUUACUGGGAGAUUGAGUGGAGAGGUGAUUAUGUCUCUAUAGCAGUGUCAUAUCGGAGCAUCGUCAGGAAAGGACCAGGUGGUGAAUGUUAUUUUGGUGCCAAUGACAAAUCCUGGAGUUUGGAGUGCUCUAACUACAAGUACGCUUUCAGGCACAAUGAUAUAGAGACUGAGCUUCCUGCUAAGCCCCAUAAUUUGCGCCAUAGAGUAGGAGUGUUUGUGGAUCACAGUGCAGGAACUCUGAUCUUCUACAACAUCCAUGGAGACACGAUGAUCCCCAUCCACUCAGUCCAGACCACAUUCACUGAGCCCCUCUAUCCUGGGUUUUGGGUUGAUUUAGUUGGGACAUCGGUAAAACUGUGUUGAUGAAUCAUAAUAAAUUAGCAAGAGAUUGUACCCAUAUUCCUCUGCGGGAUCAGUCAGUAACAGUGAGAUGCUCUGGAGUCUCUUCUCCUCACACUAACGCUGAACUUUUGUCACUAAAAUAAGAAUCACUACGUGCAUUUGACUUCAUGCCGGUUAGAAAUUGUGUCUGAAUUGACUUUAACGUGGCCAUCAAAGUAAAAAUGGAGUUAACUUGUUAACAAUGGUUCGGGAGCAGAGCCCCGCCUCACUGUCUCCAAUCACCUACUCCUUAAAAACCUAUUUAAGGCAGACCAGCCCUCUAGCACUGUACUUCUCGUUCUCUCAAACCCACCCUCCUUUUUUUUCCUCGCUUUCUAUUAACAAUCCGAUAACCCUCUCUUCUCACCUAGGUUGAAUCGGAGUCCAAUCACUCUACCAAAAUAUUACAUAGAUGGUACCCCCACCCUGAGUCUCUGGGCAUCAUCGCAGGACGCCCGAUCAACCUACCUACCCGUUCACUGUUUAACCUCUUACUUCCCUUUCCCUUCAUCCCACUGUCCCCCUUUCAUCCCUACAAUAAAGUCUAGCUCAAAGUGUGGGGUGGUCCAUGCUGGUGAAAUAAUUGUUGAUAAAGCAAGAUUGUAUGAACAAUGUA